AUGAGACAGGGUACCAGGCUAAAUUUUCCACUCAUUCGGCAAACCGAAUCAGCCGAGGAGUCCCGAAUGAUGCAGGUGGUUCAUGGAAGGAACUGCGAUUGCGGUAAGGCGUUCUCCAUUCUAUAUUGGUCAAAUUAUACAGCUGGUACAACGAAACUUAUGCCGAAAUCGGAGACUGCCGUACAAUCUGACCACGUUUUAAAGUUUGUGUAUGACAAAGAUGCGCUGUUUAUAAGGGGAAUUGUCCAAGCCUCCAUGCGAGACUGGAGCUACCAGGUUACUAUUACUCUUGGUUCUAACUACACAGUUGAACAGAGUACCUGUGAAUGUGUAAAUGGGAUGGACAAAUGUCACCAUAAAGCCAGCAUUCUUCUCUGUGGGUAAUUUAUGUGCAAUUUAUGUAAUAUGUAAAUUCACUUGGUCUGUUUUAGGUAUGCUUUACCAAAUUUAAUGUUAAAUAGAAAUUAUAUCAAAACAUGCACACCAA